UGUCAACAGCUGCGGUUAACGCCCCUUUGCAGAUUUCGGUUUGUCGUAAAAUGUGUACAUUAAAUUUUAACAGCUUCUAUGCAUUUAUUAAGUUUUAUUUUGGGAAAUUAUUUAAAAGUCAAACAUUUUGGUUUAUAGAAAUAAAAAAUAAUCAUAAUAUGAGAGAGAAAAAAGAAAAAGUUUACGACAUUAGAACAAUUUACGACAGUUCUAGUCAUUUAGGCGUUUUAUCUCUCGACGUGCCAGGGCUUGUAAUUUUACUCAUCCGUGACUUGGAUGAACAUUAACGACGAUGUAAACAUUCGACAGGUGACCGCUUCUUUUGGUUUCAAAAAUGGGAUGAUUGAAUUAAGAAAGCUGCAUAUUCCUCAAUGGCCUCGGGAAAACCCAAAGCGAAAGAAAUCACGUCUGUGUUUGGGACGUUAGUGCGCGAGGCGGAGCCAGAGGAAUCUGGUGGACCAGCAUGUGUGAGGGUGAAGACAGUCAAGAAAUCCGGCAAAGAGGAAGAUGUUCAUGAAGAAAAUGGAGUUUUAUUCUGGGUGAACAAGAGUGGAUUUCCUAUCGAUAAUAAAACAUGGGACAGAAUGUGGGAGCAUGUGGCUCGCAUACAUCCAGAUGGUCAUGAUGUGACACACAAAGUACGAGAUAAAAAGGAUUUACCACCAGUUCCAAUUCCUCAGGCACCUACAAAUUUUUCUCCUUCUGUUCCGAUAUCCGAGAGACUGGAUAAAAUUCAGAACUAUAUGAGGACUCUUCAGUAUAAUCACACAGGAACACAGUUUUUUGAGAUAAGAAAAAACAGACCAGUAUCUGGCUUGCUAGAGUCUGCAAAGGAAAUGAUCAAAGAAUCUUUGCCCAUCAAAUGUCUUGAGGCUGUCAUAUUAGGAAUAUACUUAACAAAUGGAUUUCUGGGUGUGGAGAGAUUUCCACUGAGUUUUAAGAGUGUGUUUGGAGGAAAUGUCCACAGACAUGUAGUGCUGGGUAUCUACUAUGCUGGCAGCUAUGGAACAAUAGGCAUGAGUCGCAGGGAGGAUCUCAUGUAUAAACCUCUAGUAUUUAAGAGUUUGUCAGACCUUGUGUUUGAUUAUGAGAAGUCAUACAACAAAUUUAUGCAUGAUGUUAAGAAAGUCAAGGUCGGCAUGCCCAUUCCACAUGACCCUCACAGUUAUGAAUUCAUCAGCUGGAAGGCAGUGACCGUUAGUCCAAACAAAAUGUCGAAGAAAGAAAUGUCCAAAGAUCUGGAAAUGAUGGCCAAAGAAAUUAGAACAAGGGGUCAGGCUCAGUAUGACCUGCCACAGGUCAAACUGUAUUCAACAAGAUCCCAGGCUAAAUCCUGGACCAUAACUCUCCAGUCUCCCAGAAAAUCCUCUACAGAGGUCCCUAGAGAUCUCCGCAGCAGUCUACAGCAGGCCACAAAGAUAUACCGGGCAUACACAUCUAUUCCUUCCGACACGGGGACAAAAAAGAGGUCCCAGACCUCAGCUACUCUGGACUCCUCUGACUACCAGCUCCGUAUCUAAACACCAGACAACACCAGUUCUACAGUCUACAGUUAUCACCAGUUCUACA